AACCAAUACCGCUUAUGAUAGAUAUUGGGAGGGUCGUCGAGCAUGGUCUACUAUGGAAGUCGCAAUCCGUACGUUUACACGUCUUAUCUGGGUUAACGUAAAAGAAAAAGACGCCUCAGAUAUAGUAGAAAAGAAAACCGCCAUCAACCUAUUAUUAGGAUUCGCUAUUGGAAUAAAACAUUAUUUACGCGAAGAAGAAGGCUCAAAACAACCAGACUUGCAACCACUUCUCGUCGACAUCCGAUCAAAACUUCCCGGCUAUGAACCACUCGAAGAUCAAGAUAAAGCUGAGGAAUUCCGUCGAGCAAGUCUAGAAUCAGUAAACAAAAUCAAUAUGUUGUUUAAACCCAGAAAGAAACCACAUCAACGAGAGAAGGGUGAAUAUGUCCCAGAAAAUCAUAAUAUUCCAUUUGAAAUUUCACUUUAUCUCAGUUCGUAUAUUCAAGCACAAAUGGAGAAUAAAACUGCCGAGCCGCCGAUAAUCACUGCUAUGUUGAAUUCACUUAACACCAUGGUUGAUUGCUUGACAACUUUCGAAAGGAUUCUUCGGAGCCCUAUUCCGAUCGCUUAUGCAACACAUUUAUCACAAACUGUGUGGGUUUAUUGUCUCACGUUAUCAUUUCAAUUCGUGGCC